UUCGUUUCUCUGUCAACAUGGCGGUGAGUUGGAUAGGUUUCGUGUCCUUUUUCUGUGUUAUUUUUGCACGAUCUGGUUUGUCUCUGUACUUUCACAUGGGAGAGACGGAAAAGAAAUGUUUCAUCGAAGAGAUCCCAGAUGAAACGAUGGUAACAGGAAAAUACAAGACCCAACUUUUUGAUGAAAAUAUUAAUGACUUUCUGCCCUCAAGUCCUGGCAUUGGAAUGCAUGUUGAAGUAAAAGAUCCGAACGAUAAAGUUAUAAUGUCUAGAUAUUUCUCUGCGGAAGGACGGUUCACAUUUACUUCACACUCACCCGGAGAGCAUAGCAUUUGCCUUCAUUCUAACUCGACAAGGUGGUCCUUGUUUGCUGGUGGAAAGUUGCGUGUUCAUUUAGACAUUCAGGUUGGUGAGCAUACAAAUGAUUAUUCUGAAAUUGCUGCUAAGGAUAAGUUAACUGAACUUCAGCUGAGGAUCAGACAGCUGUUGGAUCAAGUUGAACAGAUUGGUAAAGAGCAAGCUUAUCAAAGAUAUCGUGAAGAGAGGUUCCGAGCGACCAGUGAGAGUACAAACCAACGUGUUCUCUGGUGGUCACUAGGUCAAACUCUAAUCUUAUUAUUGACUGGGUUCUGGCAAAUGAGACAUCUCAAGGGCUUCUUUGAGGCUAAGAAACUUGUAUAGUAUACAAAUUGCCUCGUUUUAGUUUACUUAAUGGGUAAUGAUAGUUGUUUUUAUGAAUUUCGAUCAUUGAUGUGAUUUUGGAAGUUUGUUUAUCGCUCUGUUGGUUAGACAUUCAAGCUUUAAGGCAUCUCAUUUCAAA